AUGUUAAUAUCUAAGACUGAAAACGAGGAGUAAGGUGAAACAGCAGUUGAUUCAACAUAGCCUGUAUGUCCUAAUUGUGGUGCAGCAAGGGAAGGUAUUUUAGAAUAGGUGCCAUCUUCAGCUUCAUUUAUAAUAUCCUUUGUCUCUUUAUUUUAUUUUGGAAUUUGGUGCAUAUUUAUCAUCCCCUUGGUGUUUUAAUCAACGAAAAUAAUAAUAAAGAGAUGUUACUAUUGUCAUUAGGAAUUGGAAAAAAGAAAAUAUUUCUAAUUACCCAACAUCAACGAUCAAGUUCUAUAAUUUAGAUUUGGCAAUUGUAUAGUAGUAGUAUCUAGAAAGUAUGCAUUAAUUUUGUUGGCAAUUAUAAUCUCUCUGUUUUUUUAUUUCGAAUAUUUUGUAGAGUAAGAGCAUCCUUAAAUCGAAGCAAAUGUCUAUGCAAACAAAUCGUGGGUUGAUUUCUUAUAAUUUUGUGGCAAAUUUUAAUUUGUCGAUAAUGGCUUGAAAGCAAGACAUCAAUUUGAAACCAAUUUCAAGAAUAAAAUAGUUUCAUGGAAAGGUGAUUUUAUUCAGACCAAACCUAAUCAUGAUCCAAAUUUCCAUUUCAAUUAUUGGGUAUAUCUAAAGAUGGAUCCCACAGAAUCAACUGAAGAUUUACCUGAUAUUAUCAUUGGUGUAACUGAAUCUUAAUAUUCAAUCUAAACAUUUUAAAAAUUAGAAAAGGGCAAGCCUAUUCAUUUUGAAGCAAAGUUUUUGUUUUUAGGAUCUGAAUAUAACUUCCACAUUUUAGAAUUAAAACAUCUUACUGUGAUACCAUCUGAACUUGUGGAAGAUAUAAAAACCCUUCAUUAAUUCACUCUAGAUAUGGACUAAAUACAAUUAUUAAAGAGAACUAAAUUAGCAGAUAAACUUAAACACACAAUUCAUAUGUAUAGUCCAAAUUAAAAUCAUGAAAUUAAGUAAAUCCUAAAUAAAAUCAAAUUGGCAAAUGAUACUCAGCCAAUUGUUGAAACAACAACAGAAAAACAAGAGGGAGCAGAGAAUAAGAGUGAGGAUAUCAAAGAUACAGAUUAAAUUGAUAAGGAAUUGGAGAGGGAGGAAAAGAAUGAAUUAGUAAAUGAAUAGGAUGGGUAAGAACAAUUCUUUGAUCCCUCGACUGUAAAUAUAAAAAUAGAUGAAUCAAUAAGAGAAGAGAUCCUCUCAAAGGACACAGCCAUUAUCGAUGGAGUUAUUGAUUCUGAUAGCAGCACGACCACUUAAGAUUGA